AUGCAGCUGUCGGCCGCCGAUAUGAAGCUCUUGAAGAGCACCAAAUUCCCCCCCGAAUUCGAGGAGAAGGUCGACACGACAAAGGUCCAGAUGGACAUCAUGAAGAAAUGGAUUGCCACCAAGCUCCAACAGAUCCUCGAGACCGAAGACGACAUGGUCGUCGACUUUAUCUACAAUCUGCUCGACGGAGAGCGCCACCCCGACCCGAAGAAGCUUCAGGUUGCCCUCGGCGGGUUCCUGCAUGACGAUGCACCGCGUUUCGUCAGGGAGUUCUGGAACCUUUGCCUCAGCGCCCAAAGCAACAAGGAUACACUUGGUGUUCCCCGUGAACUCCUGGAGAUGAAGAAGGAUGAGAUGAAGCAAGACAAGAAAGCACAGGAGAAGGCGGCCGAGGAGGCCCGCAAACGCCGCGACAACGAGCGUGAACGCGAUGAAGAUCUCGACCGCAUCCGCGAGAGGGAACGCCGUGAACGCGACCACACCAGGGACCGCCCCCGUGGUAGAGGUCGCGGUGGCGGCCGCGGAGGCUCCGCGUUCUCAUACCGUCCCGGACGCUCGCGCUCGCGCUCGCCACCGCCCUUCCGCCGCGGCCACGAUGAAGACAAGCGCGCUGAUGUUCGCAAGGAUCGUGAUCGUCGUGACCGCCGCCGUAGGCGUAGUCUUAGCAGAAGCCAGAGCCCCCGUAGGGACAACAAGCGUCGUCGCUCCCCUGACAGGUAUGAGCCGGAGAAGAGGCGUAGGAAUACGUCAUCUCCCGAGCCAUCUCCUCCUCCGCGGGCGGACCGCAGGCCUUCGAUAGCCUCCGACGCAUCUAUGCGUGAUGUGACGGAGAACAAGGUUGGUGAAUAA